AACUCCAACCUAAUCCGGGCGGUUCCAGGGAACGAGCUUUAAAUCAAUCAAACCGACAAUCCAGUCAGCCAAUCAGUAUUUAUUGGGCACCUACUGCGUGCAGUUCACCUCCUGCAGCACUGACGAGGAGACUUCGGUGCGUAGGGAGCCGUGGAGACCCGCGGCCGCAGCGGAUCGACGGAAUUUGGCGCCUACUUUUUGUAGGUUGGGUGUUCUCGGCUGUGAUUGGGCGCGGUGUGCGGCUGCUCCGUCGACGUUGGCAGAACCCGGGAGAUUUGCUCUUCGACCGGCCUCCGGGGAAUGGGACACCAGGAGCCCCCGCUGGCCCGAGUGCCCGCGGGAUGUGCGGUUUAUAUAAAAAGGUUAUGUAAAGGGAUCAGCCGGCGCGAACACGUGGAGAGCCGCGGGUGCCUGGACGCCGGGUUCUGCCCCGCGCGCGCCGCUGCUACGUCCAGUGAAGCAGCAAGUUCCGGCACACGCCAGGCGCGGGCCACGGCCGCUCGCGCUGCUCGGUACCGAAGGCUGCGCAGCCCGGGAGCCCGAAAGUGGAGGGGCUCAGGCCAGAUCACAAUCCAAGCUCCCGCUCCUCCGCGUCCCGGGGCUGGACGGAGGGAUGAGGCAGGGGGAGCCCGGGCAGCACCGUUGCUGCUCCCCCCACCGCCCGCAGCCAUGGAAACGGGGAAGGAGGACGGCUCCCGCAGAGGUACACAAAGCCCCGAGCGGAAAAGGCGAAGCCCAGUGCCGCGGGCGCCCGGCGCGAAGCUGAGGCCGGCGGCUGCGGCCCAGGCCAUGGAUCCGGUGGCGGCCGAGGCCCCCGGCGAGGCCUACCUGGCGCGGCGGCGGCCAGAAGGCGGCGGCGGGUCCGCGCGGCCGCGCUACAGCCUGUUGGCGGAGAUCGGGCGCGGCAGCUACGGCGUGGUUUACGAGGCAGUGGCCGGGCGCAGCGGGGCCCGGGUGGCGGUCAAGAAGAUCCGCUGCGACGCCCCAGAAAACGUGGAGCUGGCCCUGGCGGAAUUCUGGGCCCUGACUAGCCUCAAGCGGCGCCACCAGAACGUGGUGCAGUUUGAGGAGUGUGUCCUGCAGCGCAACGGGCUAGCCCAGCGCAUGAGCCACGGCAACAAGAGCUCGCAGCUUUACCUGCGCCUGGUGGAGACCUCCCUCAAAGGAGAAAGGAUCCUGGGUUAUGCUGAGGAGCCCUGUUAUCUCUGGUUUGUCAUGGAGUUCUGUGAAGGUGGAGACCUGAAUCAGUACGUCCUGUCCCGGAGGCCGGACCCAGCCACCAACAAAAGCUUCAUGCUACAGCUCACGAGCGCCAUUGCCUUCCUGCACAAAAACCACAUCGUGCACAGGGACCUAAAGCCAGACAACAUCCUUAUCACGGAAAGGUCUGGCACCCCCAUCCUCAAGGUGGCAGACUUUGGACUAAGCAAGGUCUGUGCUGGGCUGGCCCCCCGAGGCAAAGAGGGCAAUCAAGACAACAAAAAUGUGAAUGUGAAUAAGUACUGGCUGUCCUCAGCCUGCGGUUCAGACUUCUACAUGGCCCCUGAAGUCUGGGAGGGACACUACACAGCCAAGGCUGACAUCUUUGCCCUGGGCAUUAUCAUCUGGGCAAUGAUAGAAAGAAUCACUUUCAUUGACUCUGAGACCAAGAAGGAGCUCCUGGGGACCUAUAUCAAACAGGGCACUGAGAUCGUCCCUGUUGGCGAGGCGCUGCUAGAAAACCCAAAGAUGGAGUUGCACAUCCCCCAGAAACGCAGGACUUCCAUGUCUGAGGGGAUCAAGCAGCUCUUGAAAGAUAUGUUAGCUGCUAACCCACAGGACCGGCCUGAUGCCUUUGAACUUGAAACCAGAAUGGACCAGGUCACAUGUGCUGCUUAAAAUUCAGGGCAAAGCAUCUUGGGUGUAUUUGAACUAGGUUGAUCCUCGGGACCCGCAGUCUCAUCCAGUCUCUCUCAGAGGACGGCAGAGGGUACAGGUGGCGGCUCGGCCGUUGGCGACCUCCCGGCAGCUGGACCUCCAGCAAUGUGAAGCUUUCGUUUGGGUUUUCCCCCUUCGGUUUUGCUUAACUUGUUUUAUUUUUUUGUCUUUCUCUUUUAUUUCUUUUUUUCUAUCUCUUUUUUAAUUUAAACAAUUUAAGACUUCAAAAGAGCAGAAGCUCUGCUGCGGACAGGCACCAAUUUCUUUAAAGAAAUGUAAUAUGGACAAAGCAUAUGUAUAAGUUUCAUUUUUAAUUUCUUUUAAGGGGUUGGGGGAGCUAUUUUGCUUUUGUCCUUUAUUUUCCCUUUUACCCAUUUCUCAGUUCCACUUACAACACCUCCCUUCCCCCGGAGGCCUGCCUCCCCCUGGAGAAUGGGGGUGUUUCUCCUGGAAUGGGGGCGUGAAGACAGAAGGAGCCUCUGGGCCACCCCUCCACCAGAUGCAGAACUGCCAGGCUCCCUGGUGGGCUGCUCCUGGCCAGCCCUUGGGCCUUGGAUGAAGAACCACCUGGAACAGAUGACACCGGGGUUUGGCCCAGAGAACUCGAGAAAGAAGCUCUAAAACUAGGGGCGUGUUCCCUUUAAGCUGUUGGAAACCCUAGGCCACACCAGGACCCACAGUGGUGGGAAUCCAUUCCAUCUCCUGCCCUUUACCAUCCUGGUCUCUGUGGUGGGGGCAGGGGGUGAGGGAAUGGGACAGAAGGUGACCAUCUCCCACUUCCUGGCAGUUGAGCGGUCAGCCCACCCCAGCUCUACAUGCCUUCCUUUCUGUUAGUGAUCUUCCUCCCAGAAGAAGGUCCCCAGGAAAAAACUGCCGUGCCAAACUCUGCCUGGGACACUGCUGGGUCUUUAGCCGGCACCUGUAGCUCGACCCCUCACCUCCUGCUCCUGCAUCUUCUUCCCACAUGUGCCCACCAGACAUCCAGGUCGUCACAGAGGCUGCCUGAGUCCCUGAGGUCCGAUUGUGACCGUCACCAUGAGAACUGGGUGGCCUAGACUGGCUGUCACUGCAGUGCAGGGUGUGUCCUCUGUGCCGAGUGUCAUGCCAUCACUCACGGUGCCAGCGUCAGGCGCCGUCUCCCUCACCCCAGGGGCGUACUGCCAGGUGCUCGCUUUUGGUGUCAGUGUGUCUGAUGGGGACAGGGGGAACUGCCAAGAGCAGGGAGGUGAUGGGCCAUCCCCUGUGGCCUGUAGGUGCCCAGUUGUGGGUCAGCCACCCCAGUGCUUCUGCAGCUGUGAGCCCUCGGACCCCAUGAGCAGUGUCUGUCAAUGUGGCUUAGCCUCUGCUCUCCAUGACACUCGCAGCCUCCCUCAUCGCGGCUUCCGAGCCCCGCGUCCUCUGCUCAGUGCAAGGACAGGGAUGGGAGCCCGGCCUGUGCCAUCCCUCCUCACCUGGGCACACUACUUUGCUACUCCGGGAAAGGGUCUUUGGGGGGUGGGGAGGAGUUCUUCCUUUGUGUUUAUUUUUGUUCUUUGUUUUCUCAAACCCAGCAUAGGAUCAAUAGGGGAGAUAGCGGGAGGACACUGAAGUUUGUGUGUGGCCGAGGGGCUCUCCCCACACAGCAGCAGUCCCCGUCUUGCGUCUCGGGGGGGCUUGGGAGGGGUGAGCAUCCCGUGAGUGCUCACACUUGGCAGUGUGUUUGCUCACACUCAGCUUGUUCUCAAGCCCCUCAGAUACCAGGCGUCUUCCUCCUGGGCAGACGGUUGGCUGUGGUUGGCAGGACCCAGCGGGGCUGCAGGUGGCAACCAGGCCCUGCCGUUCCCCGGCUGAAAUCCUUUGUGGUCACUCGUCUCUUGGUUCUUUUGACUUCUGUGUGUACUCAGCCGCAGCUGGGAGGUUGGGGGUACAGUGUCCCCUGAUUGCAGAGCACACUCCUCCACCCCACCACCCCGCCUUCCCUUGGGCCAGCUCUCUCCCUGCAUGAGCAAAUGGGGAAAACGGUCCCCAGACUCAGCACCCCGACUCUCCCUGGCUGUGGUUUAUGCUCUGUCCCUCGUGAGGGCCUGAGCCUGACAAGUUAUUUACCGUUUGCUUCUCCUUUUCUUCCGCCCUCCCCAGGCAUCCCAGCUCGCCCGAAUGAGGUCCGGGAGCAUGGUGCUCCCCCUUGGUUAUUUUUCCUGGCACCAGAGGGUCCCCUGUAGGUCCCAGGAUGCCCAUACCUUUUGGGUGAGGUGGGCAGCCUGGGAGUAGCCAGCUUCCACACACCCUUACCUUGCAAGAUUCACAGCCCUCCUUCCCUAGCUUCCGAGGGCCGGCUCGUUAGCCCCCAAGUGCCUGUCUCUCGCUCUCCUCCCUCCGCUCGCUCUCUCCACUCUGUGGGCCUGAAGCACCCCGGCAGCUCGGUGGGAGUCCGCCCCGGCAAGUGCUGGCUGUGCCCCGUCAGUGGGUUGGGCCCCGGUGGCUCCUGUCGUCUUUCUCAGCCACUUGCCACCUGCUCCCGCUGUGGUCACCUUCCACGCCUCUUUCUGCCUUUUCACCCUCUCCACCCGGGUCUCGGGCCUGGCAGCAGCUCUGUGGUGCAUCAUCUCAGUGCCACCAAGUUCGUUAAGCUUGUCCAAGUUCUAGAAGUUUCCACACCUUAGAACAGUUAUUCUCUCCUUCAACCUGUGAAAAGGAUAGCCUGUUGGAGGGAGGGGCUGGGCCUCAGCCCUGUGGCUCUGAGCUCAGUUUCCCCUAAGUGAGAGGAAUCAGCAAGACAGAUCAUAGUGCCUUAUUCCAUUGCCUUCCCUGACCAGACCCCUGGCUCUCUUGGAGUACGUUUCUUCCUCCUUGCUUGUGUCCACCUGUCUCAAACUCUCACUCUUGUUCACAGAUAGCCACAUGGGAAGGGUUAUGCUCCCGGCACUCCCCCCCUCAUCCCUUCCUGAAGGCUGCAGCCAGGUACACCUCUCCGCACCCACCACCAGGGCACUCUCUAGAAGCUUUAGCCGAGGAUGGAGAAACUGCUUCCGACAGGUGCACUCUGCCUCUUACUACCUAGCAGAUCCCUGCCUUCCACCUCUAGCCAGGAGGAUGCCGCAGUCGGUUCAUCCAAGACCGGUUCCAUCGGGCCCCCUCCUGGGCACUGGGAGCUAAGGUUGCGGGCCUCAGUCUCCUGUCACCCCAGAGGCUUUGGGACAGGAGGAUGGGGAUUCUCUCCUGCCAAGAUGUGGUUCGCCCAUCACGGCUGCCUUUCUGAGGGAGUAUAUCGUGUUUACUUGAGAAAUAACCCUGUUUACAGCCAGAGGAGAAUCGUGCCCAACACUAGGUGGAGAUUGGCUCCCGGGACAGCCCAGGCCUGGCCUCCUUCGUGGCACUGCCCGUGGUGGCCCCAGAGUGAACGAAGGCAGAGAUGGGGGGUGGGGCACACUCCCCUGCACUCCUCUGCCCCCCGACCCAGUGGUGCUAGGACCACUCGCCAUCUUCCUCACGGCCAUCUGGCCCCUGGACAUUCCCCACCUCUCAUUCCUUACCUUAAGAUUCUCUGUUCCUUAACAUAUCAGUCACCUCCUAGAGAACCAGUGUUGGAGCAAUAAGAUGAUUUUUUUUUAUUAUUAUUUAUUUUUUUUUUUUGGUGGAAUCUGUUUAUAAGAAAAGGAAAAGAGCUGGCAUCGUGGGACUCCUCUCUAUUAUGCUGUUGGCUGCCUUAGGAAACGGAUGUCUGUCUGGGUUUCAGCAUUGGGGCGUCUUGAAAGCUUGGGGAAACCGGGGUCUGACUCUGCCCUCGCCCUGUUCCAUGUCCCCUGGGCCUCCAGCCCCGCCCUCCGAGUGCGCCUCCCACCCUUGACCCUGCUGUGCCCACACUCACAUCAAGGGCACUGGUGGCUCUGACUCCAGUGGGGCCCUUGGGUUACUGCCCUGCAUGACUCCUUCCCCCCCUCGGUCUGUCUGGCAGCCCCUCGACAGACAGGUGCUGGAGUCUCCUAGGAGCUGGCAGCCUGACCACAGCUGAGCCUGAACUAUCCAGGGCUUCAGGGGGCUGGGGUGCCGCCGCCUUCGGGAGGACACAGGCCCAUCUCUGGUCCUGCCCGCCUCAGCUUGGAGAGGCACCCCGUGGAGGGGAACUGGGAGACGUGAGGUGAGGUUGACUAGUGUACGCAUCUACGGCCGUCAGGUGAUGAACCCACUGUCAUCGGCCUGCCUGAAGCAUGCCCCCUCACCCCCUGCACCAAGGUUGUAGGGGUCACAGGAGGGAGUUCAUUUAGGGACAUUUUAAAGACAAGUGCCCCAGGGGCCUCUUGCCAUCAGAGCCAGGAGUAUGUCGCCAUGGUGUAACAGCCACAGGGCCAUCUCGGGGUGGGGGAGCUUUUUAACCCAGGCUCAACGUUCGUUUCAAAUACUAGUUAAUAGGUCUGUUUUGUUUUUCUUUUUCUUUUUUUUUUUCUUGCACAGAAGCUGGUAAUCUAGGACCUAUGUGUGAACAACUUUAUAUAAAUAUUUUUUGUACUUGGUUUACUUGGGUUGGUAUGAGACAUCAUAUUUAAGUUCCUUGAACACUGUGGAUCCCCCUAAUGUGUAUGAAUGACUGAGGCUUUGUAAAUUAAGGGACGUUUGUGUGAAUAAAGUUAUUUGAUGGGGUCAAAGAGCCAUAUGUGAUUUGAAAA